UCCAUUUUGUUUUUUAAUUAAUGUUGAAACUGAUUGUAUCGUGUUCCGUGUUGAAUUUUACUAAUGUGGUAAUCUAUAGGUUAUUCUUAGUUUAAUAAUAAUUGAAUUAUUAUUUCGUAUAACCUUGUGGUACACCGUUUAUUAAAAAAAAUAUGAGUUCAAGACAUAGAAGUCGAUCCAGAUCUCGAGAUCGGGAACGGCAUAAAGAAAGAGAAAAGGGUAGGGAACGGGAUCGUGAAAAGGACAGGGAUCGGGAUCGCGACCGUGAUAGAGACCGCGACCGACAUCGCGAUCGUGAUCGGGACAGGGAUCGUGAUCGCGACCGUGACCGCGACAGGCAUCGUAAUAAAAGGAGAAGUAAGGAGCGCGAUAGAAGUCGGAGCCGGGAAAGGCACAGAGAAAAGAAACGAAGCAGGAGUCGCUCUCGAAGUCGCAGUCGGGGCAAAAAAUCUAAAGAUAGAGAUGGCACUAUUGCUUUACUGGACCAGAUGGUUGGCACCACAACCAAAGCAAUGUCUCGGCAAGUCACCACUAGCAGUAACGUAAACCCAGCCACUCAGGCUGCUAUUUUGGCGGCUGCAGCUGUUGCACAGACGUUUGUGGCGCAGCGGCGAAUGGCGGCACCGGUGCAGCCGGCGGCGGCGGCGGCUGCAGCCCUAUCUGCUGCUACUGCCAUUCCACCACCCACCUCGGUGCAGCAAAAGCUAGAUCAGCUUCAGGCAAGAACAGAAUCCCGGUACAGAGACAAGCUGCCCCUGGAUCAUCACCCAGAUGAUGACAAGGAUGAUGGCCUUGAUGACUUGGACAUAGGCCCUGAGGGCGAAACGGCAGCAGAAAGGCGGGCGAGACGGCGGCGCACCCGAUGGAUGGGUUCCGAGCAUGACAAGACCUUUAUCCCAGGGUUGCCAACUGUAUUACCCUCGACACUCACGAAGGAACAGGAGGAGCAAUAUCUACUUCAGCUGCAGAUCGAAGAGGUGUCCCGCAAGCUGCGCUCAGGAGACCUCGGCAUCCCGCACAACGUCGAAGAGAGGUCUCCGUCGCCUGAGCCGAUCUACUCGACGGAUGGCAAACGGCUGAACACAAGAGAGUACCGCACUCGACGCAAGUUGGAAGAGGAGAGGCAUAGAUUGGUCACUCGCAUGAACCAAAUCAACCCUGAGUUCAAGCCGCCUCCAGAUUAUAAACCGCCCAUAAUUCGCGUGCACGACAAAGUGAUGAUCCCUCAAGAAGAGCACCCUGACAUCAACUUUGUCGGAUUACUUAUUGGCCCGAGAGGAAAUACACUAAAAGCGAUGGAGAAGGAGACGGGCGCGAAGAUAAUCAUCCGGGGAAAGGGCUCCGUGAAGGAAGGCAAAGUGGGACGAAAGGACGGGCAGCCGCUUCCCGGGGAAGACGAGCCCUUACACGCGUACAUCACGGCGACCGCCGCCGACGCGGUCAAACGCGCCGUCGACAAGAUAAAAGAAGUCAUUCGCCAGGGAGUCGAAGUCCCAGAGGGGCAAAACGAUUUGCGACGCAUGCAACUGCGCGAACUGGCCCAGCUCAACGGCACUCUACGCGAGAGUGACGGCCCCCGCUGCGCCAACUGCUCCGCCGUGGACCACAAAACCUGGCUCUGUCCGGACAAGCCCAACGUGACGGGCGCGAUCGUGUGCUCGUCGUGCGGCGGCGCCGGCCAUAUUGCCCGAGAUUGUCGCGCGAAGCGGCCGGGCCAAGCGCCGCCGCCUGCGGCUCGGGCCAAGAUCGACGAGGAGUACCUCUCGCUGAUGGCCGAGCUGGGUGAGGCACCGCCGCCGCCUCAUAUGGGCGGGGGACGUCGACCGAACGCUCAGCCCACGCUCUUCCAGCAGUCGCCUUCUCACCCGCCUCGAGCGAUUAUGCCACCACCGCCAGGCAUGUUUCCACCGCAUCCGCCGCCGCCGCAUCACGCGCCUUGGCUCGGUGCAGGUAGUCAGCCACCUCCGCCGGGAAGUGCGCCGCCGCCGCCUGCCUUCCCGCCGCCACCGCAUCACGGGCAGGGUGAUGGAUCAGGUCCUGGUGCUAUGCCGCCGCCGCCACCUGGUAUGGUAGGAGGUCCCACCUGGCGUGGUGGGUUUCCACCCCCGCCCUGGGCCGCUCCACCGCCCCCAUUUUUGGCCCCUCCACCUCCACCGCCGCCCAUCUCGUCCUCAUAGGAUCUACGGCUGUGUGUAUUUACAAAAACAAUUUCUUUCAAAAACUUCGAAAUGUAAAAAAUACUAUUUGUACUUUAAUAAGUUUCAGGCUAAGAUUAAACAUCACUACAUUGACACAUAGAUUGGUUCACAAAUUAACUUAUUUCUGAGUCUAAGAAUUUAAGUUGAUUCUUAGUAAUUCAUAAAAGCAAAGUCAUAUUAAGAGCUAAACAUUCUUCUUAUCAUAGCAUAUAUGCAUUUACACAAAGAGUAUUUUAGUUAAAACAGUGUAGAUUGACAUAGAUUUUUUGAAUAAGGGGACUGGUUAAAGGGUUAGUACAUACUACCCAUCUUAUCCUCAUAGACUCUAGAAGGAAACUUACAAAUGGUAAUUUUAUACAAACUUGUUUUAUGAGUAAAUAUUUUUAUAGUUUACUUCCUAUAGUUUGAUUUGCUUAGGUUAAAAUAAUGUGUUCAACAUUAAUUUAUCUCUUAUGUAUAAAUUUCUCUGAUUUUGAAUUUGAAGAGAUGUUCAAUCCUAAAAUCAUUUGUAAACAGAAACUUCUUUUGCAAGUAUUUAAAAUGCAUAUCAUUUAAUUUUAUGUAUUAUCUUGCAACCUAGCUGAGGGUGCUUUCAGUCAAUAAAUAUCAUGAUUUCAAUGUACUUAAAUCUAAAUUGUUUAAUCUUUCUGAGCCUUUGCAAUCUAAAUUCAUUUUACUUGUUUUGUCUUUUUGCACUGCAAUAUGAUGGAAUAAUAUAUAUGUUAUUGGUACCUUAUGGCGUCAAAAUAAUAAAUGAUUAAAGAGAGGUGCAAAUGAAACACAUUUUACUUAGAUAUUAUUUUGUUAAUUAAAUAGCUCUUUACAAAAAAUUAAGUAUAAUUCGAAUGCAAUUGCACUCAAGUGAUCACAACUGAUACAAUAAAUAAAUAAGGAACUUAAA